AUGACCUUGGUCACUUCGAAUCCUAAGGAGAUUGUCCCAACAGAAUCCAAUGAGAGACCCAUCAAGGCUGUUUUGGAGGUCGUAGAGGCGAAGAAGCAGCUAGGGACGACCGAAGAGAAGGAGAAGAGAAAAAGUAAAGAAAAAUGUGCGGAAGAUGAUGAAGCCGCCCGACUCAAAAAGGAGAAGAAAGAAAAGAAGAAAAGUGAAAGAAAACAACGCAGGCGGGAAGAGAAGCACCUGAAGAAGGAGGAGGAAAGAAGGAAGAAAGUGGAAAGUCUAGAUUUUGAUGGAGAAUCAACAAUCGCAAGGGUUGAAGAGGGGAUGUCAGUGCAAGCUAGAACAUCAACGCAACUACAAGUUUCAUCACCGCAUACCAGAUUGGUCGCGUCUGAAGACAGAGAAGACCCUAACAUCUCCCCUCUUAUGUGGUGUAGCAAGGAAAAUGUGCCGCAAGGGUCCACAAGCGACCCAUCAUUCUUUCAACGCAUAGUAGAGGAGGAGGAGAAAAGAAAAAGAGAAUUAGAGGAGAUGAAAGAAAAGUUGUCACGUGUGUGCUAA